UUUGCAAAGUGGGGAUAAAGCAUUUUGAGGAAUGAAAUCCAAGCUGACACUGUUAUUUAAUAAUUGAGUAAUAUUUGAUAGUGGAGCAUCCAGCCGUUCUAGGUGACAUUUACAGGGUAGCCUACGUAGCAGUGCUCAUCUCAGAUAUCAUGAGUUCCUCAAAGAUGUCUCAGUAAUACACAGCGUAAAUAAACAUGAUAUUAAAUCCAUGGGCAGAAUUGAUGGAAAACCUGUUGAUGCUUAACCCUCACAGAAUAUGUUUGUGUACACUGAAUGAGCUGUAAAUGUAUUUACUGUAAAAUUACAUCCAUGCAAAGUGAGGUCUGUUUUCGCUCCAUUUACUUUGCAGAUCAAAUCAAAGUUAAGCUAAACGGUUCGUAUUAAUGUGAUGCCUUUAUGUCAAGUCGAGUCAAAUGGGUUUUUACUGCCAUUUCUCUAUAUCGCUUAUAUACAUUGGAACAGAAAUGUCAUUUCUCCAGGACCAUGGUGCUACACAUAAAGUGUAUUUGCACUUUGUGUGUGUAGAUAAAGAAAUAGUUAUUGAAUAUCACAACAAGAAAAUACUAUUAUGAAUGAUAAGUUCUUCCUCUGUCAGAAUAGGUCUGUGGCGCUGUCUACCCAAACCAUACAUUUUGAAGUAUGGACACGAAUAUCAAAUACACUGAGUAUCUAUCUAACACUACUUCAUUAACCCGCUAACAAAAGAAAACCUGACAUUAUUGACCUGUUUUAUUUUGUGUUUGGUAUUUACUGUAGUAUACAAUUUAACUGUUCUUAUAUGAUCUGGACAUUAAGCUAGCACUUUGUUAGAAAGAAUUCCAAAAGUCUGUCUUUAGCCCGAGAAAAUUGCACAAAAAAGCACAAACACUGUGUAAGGUGUCAUAUAUCAAACAGCCAGAAUAAACCGAAUAAAAGAUGAAUAGUCUGAGAUGGAAUACAGACUCUCACAAUAAAAGCCUUACAUUUUCCAUAACGUGUGUGCAUUUUUUUUAGUGUGUGGUUCUGUUGUGUUAAUGCUUCAGUGUUUGAGAAUACAGUGUAAGCUAAGCAAAUCCACAUGUUUAGGCAUGAAGUGAGUUUAGAGACAGUGACGGAGAAUCACGUUUCUGUGCUGGGACAGAUAUAAGAGGUGUAGCUGAGUAUUUAGAGUUAAAGUCACAAUUUCACUUCACGUGAGACAAGAAACAAUAUCAGCUGCUUGUUUUGCUGUAUCCUCUGUGCUUCUACAUCACACACACGUUUAGAUAUCCAAAUAUCCAAAUAACUGCACACAUCACUGUGUGUGUGUGUCUGUGUGUCAGUUUGUGUGUCUCUCUCUGUUCCUGUGUCUGUGUGUGUGUGUGUGCUUCUCUCUCUCUGUGUGUGCCUGUGUGUCUCUUUGUUUCUGUGUGUGCCUGUGUCUCUGUGUGUGUGUGUGUGUGUGUGUGUGUGUGUAUGCGUAUGUGUGUCUGAGUAGGCUGAGCAGCAGGUUCCUGUGAAUGGAGAGCCAUGCGUGUACGUGUACUUGUGCGUGUACGUGUACUUGUACGUGUGCGUGCGAGUGUGUGCACGUGUAUGUGCGACUGUGUGAGAGGUGUUCCUCCUCUGUAGUAACAAAGACAGAGUGAAUGUAUGUGUGGAGAGGAGGUGCUGGUGGAACCGGGCAGACGUGUCCAUGGUUCUCCUUUUCCUUUACUCCUCUGUCCAUUCCUCUCUUUAUCUCUUGCUCGGGCUAAUGGGCUUUACACAUGUUUACUACACGCGUGUGAUGAGAGGAAACUGAAAGUGUGUUCUGUUUUUUGCUGCCUCUCUUCCAAAAUAAUCAAAGUAUCCAGAACUGGUUUAAACCAAAGAUUAAAUGGACUGCAGACUUGUUUAAUACUGAAUUCUUUAAAGCACCAGUCCUGAGUAAUGAGUCACGAGGGCUUUCCCUCUCUUGCCACACCUAAUUAAGUAUGCGUAACCUGUUAACAAAGUCUGUGGUUGUUAAGCUGGCCGCUUAACAACCAUCUGGCCAAUCAACUGGCCGAUGUAGCUGUUUAUAUUUGUACAUAUUUGUAUUGUAGUGAAAUGUGAGUGUAAGUUUUGAACUAUAGAUCAUUUAAGCAGCACAGCAAAUAUGAGCAAAGCCCAGUGUUCAGUUGAGUGUGUGGAUUUUAUAGUUUGAAAAUGAAUAACGUCUCAUCAACUCACAUUCAAUAUGAUGUGUGAGUAGCGUUCUAUCCCAUGGCCCACCUCUACUCUGUAGUUCUUCUGUAGCUAAAAGUUCGGGGGAGGGGAGGAGUGGUCUGCCCCGUGUGUGUAUGUGUGUGUAGGACUGCGAACGAAUCUUGAGUGGUGGACUUAUGAAAGACAAGCAGUCUGAGAGAGAAAGAGCGAAAGGUGACGGGUAUGGACCUACUGCUCGUUCCUCUUCAAAAACAAGCAGGUAACAUUUCUCUUGUAGCACCGUCCAACUAUAGCCCUCUGACCAAGAUCACUUUAGGAGCAGUGAACUCUAAUGUCGGCGCACCGAUGAUUAUAAGCACUCCUCAGAGGGUGACUCACCCAGGAAGUAUCCUCAUCGGCAGCCCCUUCACGCCACACACUACACCUGCUGCCAUGGUUACGCAAGCGUGCCCUCCAGAGGGCAACGAAUGGACCCCAGGGAACAAGAAACGGACGCAUGACUUUAUAGACUCCUAUUACUCUGACAGGGAUGGACUGUGCUCCAGUGACUCCUCAUCAAGUAAGAGGAUGAAGAAAGUUGAUAAGAAAGGAAAGGGGCUCAGGCACUUCUCCAUGAAGGUGUGUGAGAAGGUGCAGAUGAAAGGCACUACGACCUACAAUGAAGUGGCUGAUGAGCUGGUGGCAGAGUUCACCCACGCCAGCAACCUCGCAUCUACAGAUUGUCAGGCGUACGAUCAGAAAAACAUCCGCAGGCGUGUGUACGAUGCACUGAAUGUGUUGAUGGCCAUGAACAUAAUCUCCAAAGAGAAGAAGGAGAUUCGCUGGAUUGGCCUUCCCACUAACUCGGCACAGGAAUGUCGCAACCUGGAGUUGGAGAAGCAGAAGCGGCUGGAAAGAAUCCAGCAGAAACGAAGCCAGCUAGAGGAGCUAAUACUACAGCAGAUAGCCUUUAAGAACCUGGUGAAGAGGAAUCAGGCCAAUGAAGCGGCUUCAAAAUCCCGACCUCCACCCGGCUCCGUCAUUCAGCUGCCCUUUAUCAUUCUCAAUACAGACGUUCGCACAGUCAUCGACUGCUCCAUCUCCAGUGACAAAUGUGAAUACCUCUUUAACUUUGACAACAUGUUCGAGAUCCAUGAUGACAUUGAGAUCCUGAAGCGUAUGGGUAUGUGUCUGGGGCUGGAGAAUGGCACAUGCACGGCAGAGAACCUCAGUGUGGCCAAGUCUCUUGUGCCCAAAUCACUGGAGAGUUAUGUCACAGGCAUGGCCAAGAAAUCCAACAGAACCACUCCCAAUUAUACGAGUCACAGCAGCACUGCUCCCUCAUACACCUCCGAAUCUCGGGGCCAGACACCCAGCUCCUUCAACGAGGAGGAGGAUGACGACGAUGAUGAAGAUGACGAUGAUGAUGACGAGGAUGAGCCCUCUUCUCCAGAAUGAUCUCGGAAAUCAGCGUGCCAAUGCCUUAUGCUUCUCUGAGACGAGGCCUCUGUCCCUCCAUUUGACUCUCUGCCAAAUCCACAGGUGGAAUGAGACACUGGGAAUAAGCUUCCACUUGCUCGUGAUGUGAUAUUCCAAACUCUCCAUCUGUUUAUCCCUCUAUAUAUCGAUCUCUAUUUUUAUCGAUCUGUCUAUCUUGUGUGCAUGUGCAUCCACAUAUGCGCACACACACACUGGGUUUGUAUCUUGAGGAGGAUUGAUCAGUUGUGUAAUAAUGGUGCUUUUGCUCCUUGCGCACGCCAGCAAACCUCAGGUCAGGCUUGAGGAGGGAGUAAGUGCUGGCAGGAAUUUCACAUUGACAGCUUUCAGUUGGUCUUCAUACUGCCUCAAAAACAUCUUUUCACUCAGUAAAGUCCCAUUGUAUUUAUUACUGUCCUGUUCUAAGAUGAACUCAUUAUCAUUGUAAUUCCUUAUGUUUAGACAGCAGUUAAUGUUUUAUUGUUUUGUGUUUUUUUUUUUUUUUUUGUUUUGUUUUUUUUGCAUCUCCCCCACAUGUGCUGUUAAGAAAUCGAUAGCUUAACUGUUUCCAUGUUAACAGUGUGGAAGGAAUUUGUGUGCUUUUCAGAAAAGGAAAAAAAAGAUCAUUUGUUUGUUUUCUUAAGAUUCUUCACAAUUUUGUUGUGCAUAACCUAGUUUCUUCAUUUCUUGCCAUUUACUACAAUAGAAUGAAAUGGGGGAAAAAUGAAAUUACCAUAAUGAGAUUAGCAUAUUUGUCUGGGUGCAUAUGCCCUGAAGAGACACAUGCUAGGGAGAGAAGUGUUUUUGUAAGUGUGAUGUGUAGAGUAGCAUCUUCUGCUAAUGCCUGUUUUUUUGCUAGAAAUUUAUAGUGAAUAUGAAAUGGCCGAUGCCAGGGACAUUUCCCUCUUUGACCAACUCAGGUCAGCAUUUUAAACCUGGAAUCUUAUUUCAAAACCCAAAAGAAUAAUAUUAUUAUUACUUGUAUUUUUCUCUGAUGGUUCCUACUUUGGUUUGGAAAUGUAACUCAGUAUGUAUAUGUAUACAUAAACGUAUAAUUUUGGUUA